GCAAGAAGGUUGUAACGAAUGGUGGGUGGCCGACGUGGGGAAGUGACAAUGUCAUAUUUUUCCACCGCAAGGAAGGGGAAUUUUGGGGUGUGUUCCGUGCCGACCUCAGCAACGGUAUGGAAUCUCGUGUGACCCCGGACGGAAUUAAGGCGAUGACUCCAGCAGCCAUCAACGCCACCACAGUGGCAGUGGCAACUAUUCGUCAGAAAUCAGAGUUCCUGGAAGUCGUCCGUGUAGAAGCACAGUAUCGGCACAUUGAGAUUUUUGAUUCAACUGGACAGCAACAGAACAUACGAAUCACUCAAAAUACCAUGCCAAAGGCUGACCAUUUCAACCCCUUUGUGAUAGAUGGUGGGAAGCGCAUUGGUUACCAUCGAUGCACGAGCGACCGUCUCAAGAGUGGAGAAGAUAUCCAAAGAAAUACCCACAAGCUCGAUUCCCCGCAUCCGGAGGUAGGACUGUUUAGGGUGCCAGGAAUCUUUCCAACAUUUUCCAAAGACGGCUCCAAGCUUGCAUUUGUGGACAAUGAGUUCAAGGCCGUGUGGGUAGCUGAUAGCAAAGGGAUGCGUAUUGUUUACCAGACAAAAGGCCCAGACAACGUCUUCUCACCAGUUUGGAGCCAAAAUCCAGAAAAGGAUAUAUUGUAUGUUAACAUGGGACCUUCUUUCCAGUCUAAAGAAACACUAAACAUCUGCGCUAUACCUGACGUGUCCAGUGGUGCACAUCGUCGUGUACAACUCACAAAAGGUUCCAAUAAUGCCUUCCCAUCCACCAAUCCAGACGGGACGAAAUUAGUUUUUCGAUCUACAAGAGAUGGAGGGGAUGAAAAACACAAGAAUCUGUACGUAAUGGAGAACGCACAAUCAGGGGAAUAUGGAGGAGGUGAAAUAACAAGGCUAACAAAUGGGCCUUGGACUGACACACAUUGCCAAUGGUCCCCAAGAGGAGAUUGGAUAGUAUUCUCGUCAACCCGCGACAAGCCUGAAGGUACACCAGAGAAGGACAAUGGUCUUGACCCAGGAUACUUUGCGGUGUUUCUAGUGAAGGUGAAUGAUCCGUCAGUGGUAGUAAGAGUGAUGGCAAGUGGAAGUGACGUUGCAGGGCAUGUGAACCAUCCAUUCUUCAGCCCGGAUGGAAAGAGCAUUGUUGUGACUGCAGAUCUUGCUGCCGUGUCUGCUGAUCCCGUAUCUUUACCUCUCUUCCUGCACUCUGUGAGGCCUUAUGGAGAUAUCUUCACUUUCGACAUUGACCCGGAUAACAUAAAUAAGAACAAGAAUGUGAAGAAGUUCAAUCGCAUCACACAUAGUAGAUAUGAGAAUUCCACUGCUACUUGGACCAUGUUCUCAACUCAGGACCCGAGUGCAGCAUGGAACAUGCUUUUAAACAAAGCCUUCACUCCAUCUUGCCCUUAUGCACAUAGCGAUGGAGGUGAAAGUUGGCACAUGACUGGCCACCUUUGCAUUCCAAAAAGAUGUUGUUGAUUGCCUUUAUGUUCCUAUCUCUUCUUUGGCGCUUUUAGUGGUCUUUGUGGAUGCUAUGGUAUUUUGCUAUUGAACUAUUCCAGGUGUUGCUCGUUUGGUGCUGCUGUUUCGAGGACGGGCAUAUUGACGAUUCUGUCUGGUUUCCUAGAGGUUGGUUUGAAAGUGCACUUCCAGAGUUCCAGCAGAUGAUUACUCAGUGUUAACUUUCCUUCCUCAUUGUCGUUAGCUAUUUUUCACUCAGUGUUCAGUGUUUUUUUGAUUGUUGCAGACUGCUUUCUGGUUUUUUUUUUUGGUUUCCCCUCUAGCUGCUAUGCUUAGCUAGUAGGCUUGUUUUAGGGAAGUUGUCUUCCUGCUUUCUAUUUUCUAUUAUUGAUGUAUCUCAUGGAUUCUCCCAUGUUUUCAUAAAUAAUAUUUUCUUUGCUGAUUAAAAAAAAAAAAAAA